GCCGAUUUUUAUUUGAUAGAACGGAAGGAGUUCAGAAAGUACACCAUAAUGUGUAGAUCGAUCAUGUAAACACAUGAACAUGCAGGAAUCACAAGACUUUAAGCCAGUAGGCAGAAGAGGAGUAUGUUCUUUUGUUCAUAAUAGCUCAUUUUACUUGUACGGUGGUGCCUUAUCAAUACCUGGUCUUUCAGCAUUCAGGCAAACACCUCAUGUGGACAUAGAGAUGUUGGACAUGCACAGUGGACUGUGGUCUUCAGUAGAAACAGAAGUGCUUCAUUCUCUACCCCAAUUUACAUCUGGGGCAUGCUGUGCUGUGCUCAAUGACAACCUCUACAUAUUUGGUGGUUGGUUGGCUGGAUUACGUAAUGCUCAUAUUCACGAGCUGGAUUUAGAAACGUUCUGUUGGAAAAAGCUCCCGAUCAAUAACCCUGAGAAUGGUCCUAUCUGUAAGGACAAGGCAGCGAUGUUCGGCUAUGGAGACGACAUGAUGGGGGUGUUUGGCGGUUAUGGUUACCCCGAGAAUGAUGCGCAUGCCCGAUUAGAAGGAAGGGCAGCACAGUACCACCGGGACACUACUAAUCCCUUUUUCUCUAUCUAUUGGACGAAUGAGCUUCACCUGUUUCAUGUUGGGAAAUCAGAAUGGAUUGUUCCUGUUGUCACGGGGAUCCCACCACCUCCCUGUGCAGCCUUCUCUAUCACUAGAGUUGACCCCCACAGAUUGGUUAUCUUUGGGGGAAAACAAGUGAAUAGUAGAGUCAAUGAAAUCCAUAUACUGAAUUUGGACACCUGGCAUUGGAGUGGUGUUAACCUUCCCUCGAGGCCCGAGGAACCAUGGCCUGUUGGGAGGUCCUUCCAUACAGCCUGUAGUCUGUUUGACCCGUCUGCAAUCACACCACCUUACCCACCAUGUGGUACAGUAUUUGAGUGGCUCCCUUGUCCCACUCCUGACCUUGCACCAUGUGAGCCUGCUGUCACCGUUGACCCGAAGGUAAUUGUCUUGUGGGGUAUGAGCAAUGAUGCUGACCCUAUCGAUGAUGCAUGGGAGCUCAAUGUCAACACCCUGACUUGGAAGCAGGUCCACUUGCCAGAGGGUGCUGGACCAAAACGAGCCUGGCACACUGCGUCCGCCUACCAUCCAUCACCUUGUGAAACCCUGGUAGUGGUAUUUGGUGGAACAUCUGAGAACAUGUAUGUAGUUCCAGACCAACAACUGACGAGCAUUUCUAAGCCAUCACUGCUUCACUUUGGUGUUCAUCGCCUCUUUGAGCUCUGCCUUCAGUACAUUAUCGAAGACAAAAUCCUCAUGUCCCAUCAUGACCAUCUCCCCAUACCUGCACACCUGCAGCAGCAGAUACGAGAGCAAGUGACCAGCAACCAACAGUUGUCCAUUACCAGACUGUAACAUUCAUACGUACAGCAUACGUGCAAUAUUAUGUUUGUUUUUUUAUAAAUCUAUAUUAUACAAAACAAUGAAAUGUGAAUGAAUGUUAUUAUACGCAAUGCGUAUAUUUGGCUACUAAGUUAUAAAUCAUUA